AUGAAUAAAGACAACUCCAGCAUGCAAAUGGACCCGGACUUGGCGUUGCGGCUCCUAGCCGAUGGCGCCGUUCUAGCCAUAGCUGGUGUGCCAGUGGGCACAGAGUUUGGCAUAGAUUUAUGUGCCUAUGUCAUAGGUCCAGAUUUUCGGGGCGUCAAGAUGAUACCGCCAGGCGUGCACUAUGUGUGGUGCGCUUCACGUGGACCAUAUGGCGAGUCUGCCCCACGAGUUGGGUUUGUGCACUACUUCCAUCCAAAUGAGAUUCUUGUACGUGAAUGGGAUAACGAUCUGGAGGAGUUGCGUCCGCGGCAGACAGCAGAGCCAGAGCUGGAACGCGAGCGCAUACGCAAGAAUCUGGCGCAGUUAGAACGUGUGCUGGCAGCUUAUGACUACCGUUAUGUAUGUAAAUGGAAAGAUUUGACAGGCAGCGUAACUGAAGCUUGUGUGGCACGCUGUCGACCAGAACUGGGCACCAUACGCACCAACAUAGAGCUGCAAUCUUGCACAGAUGCGGACCGACCACGUGGAGGAGCAAGUUCCAGCAAUAGCAAACGCCAAACAGCCGUUAGACUGCUGUUGUCCGAAAGCGAGCUGCUGCCUGAUUUGAAGCCAAUAGACGGUACAGCGCCGCGUUUCUGUGUCGUGCCUCCUCGUGUGCCACAGAAUGCGCAGCCUGCAGAGAUAUCUCUACAUGCUUUGGACUGUAUAGCAGCUGUGGACGAAUUACACAACAGCUUUGAAAGUUCGGAUGCACUCAUUGAGGAGCUGCAGCUGGCGUUUAUAUUUUUUCUCGUUGGUCAUUCCGUGGAGUCAUUGGAGCACUGGCGCAAGCUUCUCGGGUUAUUGGCGCACUCCGAAAUGGCGGUCGCCAAGCACAAUCUUACCUAUAUGAAAUAUAGCGAGGUACUAGCCCAUCAGCUACCGCAUUUGCCCGAGGAGUUAAUGACACCCAGCGAACACAAUACGGUCUACAAGGAUGUGCGUCAGCUGCUGGUGAAUCUGCAUGGUGGCGGCAAAAGUGUUAGUGCAGAGCGGCUGAGCAAGCAACUACAGAAGAAGCUCAGCUGGUACUUUGACAAUCUGCUCGAUGAGGAUCCCGAGGACCAACCAGUGGUUUUAGAGUUGCCAGAAUAA